GUGGCGGGUAUCUGCAGUCCGCUCAGAAACAAACAAACAAACAACAGAGGUUGUGUAGUGAGUAAAUAAAGGCUUGUUGUUGUUGUUGUUGUGAGGACAGCAUGUCCUCAGCGGGGACAACAUGGAGCAGCUGGACCUCCACCCCAGGAUCUCCUCCGCCCUCAGGAGGAGCAGCACAGGUCACCUCCGGUCCGUCCGGGACGUGUUGAGUCUUUCUGGUCCCGACCUGCAGAGACUCACCGGUCUGUCCCGCUCCGACGUCCAGCAGCUGCUGACCGCCGCCGCCACCGCCUGCAGGCGGCGCCCCCCGGUCCCAGCCCUCCUGAUCCACCGCGGAGAGAGUCCCGGGUUCGAGUCCGGCCUCCGGCUGAGUCUGGGCUGUCCCGUCCUGGACCGGCUGCUGAGGGGCGGCCUGCCCGCCGCCGGCAUCACCGAGCUGUCGGGAGAGAGCGCCGCCGGCAAGACGCAGCUCGCCCUGCAGCUCUGUCUGUCCGUACAGUACCCCGCCCAGUACCACGGGCUCAACUCAGGCGCUGUGUUUAUCUGCACCGAGGACUCGUUUCCUGUGAGGCGUCUGCAGCAGCUGAUCCGGGGUCAGUCCGUCCUGAGGUCUGACGUCCCUCCGGCUCUGAUCCACAGCCUCCGCUUCAGCGACCACGUGUAUGUGGAGCACGCCGCUGACCUGGACGCGCUGCAGGUGUGUCUGUCCCGCCGUGUCCCCGUGCUGCUGGCCCGCCGGCUGGUGCGCCUCCUGGUGGUCGACUCGGUGGCGGCACUGUUCAGGUCGGAGUUCACGGCUUCUGAUUGGCUGCUGAGGAACCAACAGCUGAUCAGCUUCUCCUCCAGACUGAAACACCUGAGCACAGAGUUCAACAUACCUGUUCUCUGCAUCAACCAGGUGACGGAUGUUUUCAGCUCUGAUGACAGUUUUGGGUCCCCGUCCCCGGCCGUGUCCCCGGCGCUGGGCCUGGCGUGGGCCAAUCAGGUGCUGGUGCGGCUGAUGAUGCGUCGUGUGGGGGGGGUGGCGUCCCGCGGGGCCCAGAGCUCCGCCCUCCGCCGGCUGGAGGUGGUGUUCGCCCCUCACCUGGCCCCCGGGGGCCGGGACGCCGCCGUGUGGACGGAGGGCGUCCAGGGACUUCCUCCAGACUCACAGUCACCACAAUAAAGUUCAUUCAGCAGCACUACCUGUGGAGUCUUUUA